UUUAGAUAUUUGAAACUCGGUCAGUUUAUUUAUUUAUUUGAAGAUCGAUAAAAUGUAUUUAUUUACAAGUGUAAUACGUUAACAAUGUCAUCAAAUAACGAUAAGUAGAAAAACAUCACGUUACGCUGGAAACAGUUAGAUCUUAAGAUGAGUGUUAGUCUAUCAGGACCGAUUGGUCCCCAUUCUGGGUAUGGGGUAGAUGGCAGGGGUGGGGACUACAACACUAAACCUGCCCCUAGGGUUAGACCAGAGGCUCAACAUAUUGCCACUCAACAUCAAGGAUCAGUGGGGAACCUAUUUGAGCUGCAAGGAACACGCAUAGGAAUCUCACAGUACAGGCCUAAGUCUGCACCUAAAGAUCACAUGAAGGCAAAUGCUCGCCGGAUGCGCCAGAUACAACGGGCCAGUAAACAGAGAGAGGAAGAAUCAAAUAAGCCUGUUAAAGCUAUGUGGAAGUCCACAAAAUAUGACACUGUGCAAUCAAAAGUUGGUGAAGAAUUAAAGAAAGAGCCUCCAGCCCCAAGACCCAGCUCCGCUAACUAUCUUCGUGCCCACUCACGGACAGGAAGUGUAGAUGGUAGCCGAGGAAUUCGCACCCCAUCCCCCGCUCCCAGCCGUCCAUGUAGCAGAACUUCCAGUGUAGAGAGAUUAGACAUACCUAGAGCAGAGAGUGCUAUGGAUGUGAAGUUGAUUCGCAGAGACGUAGAUUUCGUGAAAGCAAAUGGACGUGCCGUGAGAAAACCACAAAUAAAGCGGGCUCCAAGUUUAACAGCACUAGAUGAUCUCAAGAAAAAGAAAGAAGAAGAUGAAAAAAAUUACAAAAGAGGUGUUAUGCCUAAAUAUUUAGUAAACCGCCAUAAAGAAUGGGACCGUGCAGAACAAGAGAGGAUCGCUAAUAUGCCUGACCCAGACUGUCCUCCAGGGCACCACAAGAUGCCAGAUGAAGAACGCAAGAAGACCCUCUCUCUUCUUCGAGACAAGGAGAAGUCAUAUAUGCAGCAACUAUCUGCCCUCCCGGUACGAACAGACACUUUACGAGUGCGAACUCGCAAGGAUGAGUUAGACAAAAAACUGACUGAAAUUGAAGAGGCUAUAAAAGUAUUUAAUAGACCUAAAGUGUUUGUGAAAGAUUAGAUAUUCAUUUCUGAUGUAAAGUAUGUAAAAAUCCCUCCAUGACUUAUGCACGUUCUCAGUGUAAGGUUGAAAUCCCCAGUCCUGAGUCAACAGUAUUUUCAUUGUUGUAU